GACAAGAGGAGGAGAGACUCCGCUGAGAGUGACAGAGACUUCUCUCCUCCUCCUCUUUCCCAUCUUGGGUGGUUCAUGUAAGCAACCUCUGCUUACUCUCCAAACAUGCAUCCUUAUGAAGCGUUGCGGUGUGAGGUGUGAUGUCAAAGCUGAGAUCUCACAGCUCUCCGGACAAGUCCAAAAGAGGAUCAAGGAGAGGCGAAAAAAACUUCUAAGAAGCCCAAAGACACAAAAGUUUGCAUCCUGAAAACAGAUUUGCUCCUCAGACAUGGAGUCCAACACUGAUGUUGGUUCAGCAGCGGUGACCAGCAAAGCACUGGCUGCUAUUGAGGACGAAGAGGUUCUCAACAAGAUGCUGGAUAAUGCAACAGAUUUUGAAGAGAGACGGAUCUUACGGGCUGCGUUAAGAGACCUGCUCAAGAAAAAGAGAGAUAAGCGGGAGCAUGAUCGAGGGUCGAGGCAGCAGGACUUGAGACAGCAGGGCCUGAGCAAAGGAGGGACAACAGGCGGAGCUGUUACAGGCAGAGCAUCCAUGAACCAGCAGCCUCCAACAAACAAGCCGUCAGGCCAGCCCUCUCCAUCAGCAGGCGGCAAGGCCAGUCCCGCUGUAGCCUCAGCCCAGAAAUGUCCUCCUGCUACAGCACCCAACCUUAAAAAUGUCAAACAAAUGCUUCUGGACUGGUGCAGGGCCAAAACAGAGCCAUAUGAGGGGGUGGCCAUCCAUAACUUCUCCUCGAGUUGGAAAGACGGCAUAGCCUUCUGCGCCUUGGUGCACCGCUUCUUCCCCGAUGCGUUCGAGUACUCCAUCCUCAACCCCAACAAGCCAAAGGAAAACUUCCAGCUGGCUUUCGACACUGCAGAGAGGCUGGCUGGCUGCCCCCCUCUGCUGGACGCUGAUGACCUAGUCCGGAUGAAAGAGCCCGACUGGAAGUGUGUGUACACGUACAUCCAGGAGUUUUACCGCUGCCUGGUGGAGAAAGGUCUCGUCAAAACCAAGAAGCGACCGUAGACAGCUUUGAUGAUCAAUUUUUACAAUUAAUACAAACAUGAGCAUGAGCUGAAGUCGAAAAGAUAGUAUUAUGCACCCUUUUCAACUGAUUAUUUACAUUUUGUCUGUGAUCUUCGAGUUUUGUGUCAGGCUGAUGUGUCACAAUGUAAAUGCACCGUGCCUUAUGUGUAGUAUUUGUAUUGGUCCGUGUAUUAGCAGGGACGUGUGCUCUCAGUGGACAGCUGGCGCUUAGGAUCAGUGCAUUCCUCUGAGAUUACACAUCUGCAUUAAUCCCAGUCAGAGACAUAGAGAAUCUGGGAACACAUUUUAUCACGGUGAGGGCCUGAGGGUGAGAGUAUUACAGACACAUUUAAUAAA